CAUCCAUUUACUCCGGCCUCAAUAAACAAACACCAAAUUACAACAAAAAUGGCACCUCAAUUCGAGCCUCUCAAGAAUGAUCUCAUUCUACGAACAGCAAGAGGUGAGAAGGUCGAGCGACCACCCAUCUGGGUGAUGCGACAAGCUGGCCGUUACCUGCCCGAAUACCACGAAGCCAAAGGCAAAAACGACUUUUUCGAUUGCUGCCGCUCGCCUGAAAUUGCGUCGACUCUUACCCUCCAACCCAUUGAAAGAUAUGCAGGGCUCAUCGAUGCCGCUAUCAUCUUUUCAGACAUUCUCGUGAUACCACAGGCAAUGGGCAUGGAGGUGAUCAUGGUGGACAAGAAGGGGCCGCAUUUCCCAGAUCCUCUGCAGACCCCUGAAGAUCAGCAGUACAAGGAGAUAAUGGAGAGAAAGGUCGACGUCAAGGAAUCGUUGGACUACGUGUACAAGGCCAUUACACUCACCAGACAGAAGUUGGCAGGAAGAGUGCCUCUCAUCGGCUUUUGUGGGGCACCAUGGACGCUGCUGUGCUACAUGGUUGAGGGCGGAGGCACAAAACUAUUCAUACAGAGCAAAACUUGGGUGUUCAGACACACUGAAGAGAGCAAAGCGUUGUUGCAGAAAAUAGCCGAGCUCUGCGUAGAAUACCUGGCCCUGCAGGUCCAGGCCGGCGCACAGAUGCUCCAGGUGUUCGAUUCGUGGGCCGGCGAACUCUCUCCUGCCUCGUUCAAGACCAUGUCGCUCCCUUAUCUAACGUAUAUUGCUGAUAACGUACCAAAGCGUCUCGCUGAGAUGGGCCUCGAGCGUGUACCCAUGACGGUGUUUGCGAAAGGGGCGUGGUACGCGCUGGAGGAUCUUUGCGAUACCAACUACGACACCAUUGGCCUGGACUGGCUCCACGAUCCGGCGGAGGCGUACAAGAUCGCUCGAGCAAAAGGAAAGACGCUACAAGGUAACGCCGACCCCGGUGUGCUGUACGGUGGACGUGACGCCAUCACGGCUGUUGUCAAGAACAUGGUGGCCGGUUUUGGCGGAGGUAAACAGGGUUGGAUCGCUAAUCUGGGGCACGGGAUUACUCCAUUCGUGAAGCCGGACGAUCUCAAAUUCUUCUUCGAGGAGAUUCACAAAUAUACUACAGCAUAG